AUGAUUGAGGUUGACCCUACAAACAAUUCUGACUCCAGCUACGAUACUGUGGCAUCAGAAAUGCUCAUCGACAACCAGAGAGCGCUGAUCAGCGACACCCAGAGUGUCAGCUCCUCAAGGUACGACCAGUCGGUCCAUGCUAUGCACACACACAGAAAAACCAUGUCCAGUGCCACCACGGUUUUUGAUAACCCGUAUCUGCGCUACAGAUCCUCCAUGCGCUCCAGCAACCGUGUCACGUUGACUUCUACGAGUGAAGUUGACGGUUCGCAGCAUAUUCGCAACAGCCAGGUGCUCCCGCAGCUCAGGGAGGGCUACGAGAGCGCGGCAUCCAGCCACUCAAAUAUCGCUCUAAACAAGUCGCUCCCGUCUUCUGAGAACGCGGUAGCCCCGUUUGAGCCGUCCAGACAGCCGUCUUUGCACCGGCAGCUGACCACCCGAACAGCCAACUCCACGGGCACUCUUAAGAGAUCUAACGCCAUCAAGCGCAAGGUCGGCUGGCUCACAAUGCUCCGACAGCUGAUCCGCAAAUGCAAGAGACACGCUGCCCAGAAAUGGCGGACCAUUCGUCAACGGCGGGUCUUUGGAGGCCGCAAGAAGCUCAGAAAACCCGAGCCUACUGCGGUCUCCUUGCCAACUGCCCGUCCAGAGGCCCCACCGCUAAACCGCACAAACACUGUCCAGAAGCUGUCUCGCGCGUCCAGCACCACCAAGUCGCAAAGAGAGGCUAAAAUGGACAGGCUUAUCAGAAAAAGCAAGGAGAACCUGAUCGAUCCGGGCCACGAGGACCUCGUCGCGCUGUGGACGAGCUAUCUCAGGUCGACCGUUGCCAAGCGCAUCCAGCUCAAGCUCGACAUCACACAGCUGGCCAAGCCAGCACACGCACGCCGGGCAAGCCUGCUCGACUCGAUCCUGUCUGAUUACGUCAGCACGGGCGACAGCGACGGCAACAGCAUGGCCUCCGAGUGGAGCUCGAUCUCGACGGCCGAGUCUUCCGCGAUGGACGAGCGCGAAAUGGCCGACUACAUCGGGCGCAAGGACAGCAUAUUCAGCAGCGAGUCGCCCACGCCAAUCAUUGUGAGGCAAAACAGUGUUGCGUUUUCGUUUGCGCCCUCGGUGUUGAGUAGGCCCGAAAUUUCGGGCCGAGGAGAAAUUUUUAGUACAUAA